AUGGUCAAGUCUCUACAGGAGGCAUUAGAGGUUCCUGGAGUGUUGGAGGAACUUCGACAACACCCUGGGACCUUCAGAUGUAAACAGCGUCGUGUGUUUGUGGUCAUUUGCAGUUUCCGUGAUGGGGCCAAGUUACGUGUAAUGGCACUGCCCUCGCCUACCUAUUUAGACGUCGUCAUCCGAGAGGGACGGGAUUAUUUUGAAGGGCCUUUGAAGAAACUCAUCGACCUGCUCUCCCGUUCUCUUAACUUCACGAAGUUCCCAAACGGAACCUGGAACGGUUUAAUAGGAGCCACCAUUAGAAAUGAGACAGACCUCGUCCUUGGCCCCAUGUCGAUGUCGAAAGAACGAAAAAAUGUCGUCGACUUCUGUUACCAGUUAGAAAUAAGCGACUGGUCCCUGAUAGCAAGGAAGGGCAGUCUCGAGGUGGAUCCCUGGGCCUUUCUGUCGACGCUGUCCCUGUCGACGUGGCUUCUCCUGCUGCUGGCCCUGCUUGCGUCAGGUGCCGCCCUAGUAGUGCUGGGUCUCUCGCGGUGGGCCAGAGGGCGUUACCCAUUCUCGCAGGCGGUUUUGACUGAUCUCCUGAGGAUUCUUAUACAACAAGGUUCGUGGCUACUGCUGACAACAUUGCUGGUUUGGGCCUACAGUUCCACCGUGACCUCCGCCCUCGCCGUGCGCUUCGCUUCCCGUCCGAUUCAGAGCGUCAGGGAUAUUUUGGAUGACGGUCGCCUCGUCGCUGCCGUCGCAGAAGCGACCGUCUAUACUGACAUCAUAGAGGAAGAAGAAACGGAAGUAUUUAAGAUGUUGGCCGAUCUAAAGAGGCAAGGGCGGUUGAUCUACAAGCCCUCGUCGUUCAAAGUAGGGCAUGGUGAUUACGUGUUCCUCCGACAUGAGUCAUCGGCUGAUUUCGAAAUGGCUGAGGAGUACUUGAAAUCAGGAAAGUGUGAAUUCUACAAAGGGAAAGAACGUCUUCUGUCUUUACCAGAAACUAUGGUCGUUCCAAAGGGCAGUCCUCUCCUACAGGCUAUUAAUCACAGGCUGAGGAGACUAGAGAUGUCUGGAAUCUUCAGGAAAUGGAGAAAGGAUGCUUCUCUCUUGCCAAACGUGUGCUCUCGUUCCCCAGAGAAGACACUUGUCAAGGAAAAACUCAAGUACAGUAGCAUACGGACUUACUCUUACAUAAAAAAAGAUGAACAGCAUGCAAUGAUCCAGCUCCUAAAAACAAAGUAG